AUGGAAGAGAGCGAAUUAAGAAAAUUAUUACAAACUAAAAAUGGUUGCCGCAUUCCUGUUUUGUUACCUAUACCUGAUGUUAAUAAAAUCAGAAAACUACCAUUUACACCGAUGCCACCAUACAAUCGAAUCAAGGAUAAACAACAAAAAUUUCGCCAAAUAUUAGAAGAGAAAGCAGCAAAUAGAAAAAUUGUAGUAGCUCGGACAUCAAAUGAACAAUUAGAACUCGAUAGAUUCGAAAUUUCACAAGAAAGGCAUAUAAAAGUUUUGCGCGAAUGUGCCCAAAAGAUUCAACCACCACCUAUGAUCAAAUCUUGGGAAAGACAGAUAUGUAGUUUGAUUCCAUCUAAACUAAGGAAUUCAUAUCCAAUUUUAAUGGAAGAACUUUUGAAUGAAAGUAAAGAUGAAUGGAACCGAAAUUUGCAUGAUUUAGCUGUUAAGACUGUUAUUCGUGACGUUCCAGGAGUAUCCAGAAAAAAAUAUCAAGAACCAUAUUUUAAAUUUAAAGGCAUUACAUCAAACUAUAGCAAAAUGCUCAAGUAUCGUAAGAAGCUUAAAUCUGGAUCUUUGUUACUUCAUCCAUUUAUACGACUCAUACUUGAAUCAUCUGAAAAAACAUUUCCUGAAUUCAUCAUAGAUUUAUCGAAAUACAGAGCAAAGGGACCAUUAGACUUAGAAGAAUUUCAAAUUAAAAUAAUGGAGGAAAUUAAACGUGCUGAUUAUUUAGUUUCUAGUACGUGGUAUUCGAUACUUGUUAAUUGGUUGAAAAACCCGAGAUGUUUGCGAGGAAUGCAACCGAAAAAAAUUACAGAGUUUGUGAAAUGUGCAACAAAAAUGAUAUCUAUGCAAAUACAAGAAUUAAUGCGGAGGUCUAUAAACGCUAUUAUAGAAUCAUUAUCAGAUCAUGAAUCUGUACCUUUUCUGAAUAUAGAAUUGGACUUUAAUGGAGAAUUUACUUAUGAUCCCUCACUUAAUGAAGUGUAUAAUGCAUAUCACUCCAUAAUUAAUGCAAUUUCUAAUAUUGCUCAAAGACUUAUGCCUAUUGAACAAUAUCUUAAAAUAUCAUAUAAUCAUGAUGCUUUGCCUGUUCAAUAUAAUGCAUGGUUGUAUAACAGUGGUCACGAUAGACUGCAAGUGCAGCUAAAUACUGUAUUUGAUCCUCUCAGAGAAUAUUUAGAUAAAUUGAGAGUAAAAUAUAGCAUGUUAUAUGGUAUAGAAGCUAAAAUAAAUCUGACUAAAUUUAUUGAAGAAGCAAAAGAUUUCGAAGACUCAAGAGCAAAAAUAAUUUAUUUUCAAAGCAUUAAUUCAGAUAUAACAGCCAUUAUUGAAAAUGAAUAUUUUAAUUGUGGUGUUAUUUGUCAACGAAGGAUGAUAUGUGGAUUAAAGGAAAAAGCUCUAGAAUUUAUAAAUGAUAUAAUAGCCGGUAUAGUUAAAACACACAAAGAAGAAAAUAAUAGCAUAUGUCAUGAAUUUGAAAUUAUUGCAGCAAAGGCAUUGAAAGAACCAGAGAAUGCCGCUGAAUUAGUUGAACAAGGUGUUUAUAUAUUACAUGCGAAAACCGUUUUAGUAGAACAACUGAAGGAAAGAAUUUUGAGACAAAUAAGUAUUAUUUCAAAUUUAUUAGAAAUGACAUCUUUAACUCCUGAACAUGUAGCGUCUAAUACUAAGACUGUUAAUUGGAUAACUGAUAUUAAGCCAAUUUUUGAAAGGAAUGCUGCUGCAUAUGAAACAUUCAAAGCGGAAAUGGAAGAUAAUUUGCUAUCGAAAAUCGCUUCUUUAAAUAAGGAAGUCUUAGAAAUUACCCCGUAUCUUGAAUUGCUAGAUAACAUGGACGAUAUUGAUCAUACUCUUGAAUAUUUAGAAUAUUUAAGAAAACUCGUUCACCGUCUCGACGACUGUGACAAAUUAGUAUCAUGGAUUAAUAAUGAAGAAACUACGUUUAAAUUUCCCUUGUCUAAUUAUGCUGAAUUAGAAGAACUAAAAGAUUUUAUAAAACCAUUCCACUGUCUUGUUUAUUUAGCACAUAAGUGGAAAAGAAGCUAUUACACAUGGAUGGAUGGUCCAUUUGAAUAUUUAGACCAUGAACAAAUAGAACAAGAUCACGAUUUUUAUUAUAAAGAAUUUCUAAAGUUGUCUAAAGCUUACAGAACUAAAAUUAAACAACAAAUAUCUGAAGGAGUCGAAAAACGAUUCCAGGGCUUAGUAGAUGAUCCAGAUGUACAUAACUUACCAGCACCCAUGAAACUUUGUGCUCAAGCUAUAGCAGAAAUAAAAGAUUGGAGACCUAACGUCCAAAUGGCUCACAUUAUGUGCAAUCCAGCAUUGGUUCAACGACAUUGGGACGAAAUGUCAACUAUCGCUGGAUUUGACUUAACGCCUAAUGCUGGCACAUCUCUUAGGAAGAUUAUUAAUUUCAAUCUUUGGGAUGAUAUCGACCAGUACGAAAUUGUUAGCGUCGCUGCCACGAAAGAAUUAGCACUUAUAACGAAUUUAAAUAAAAUGAUGGAUGAAUGGACUGAUAUAUGUUUUAAAACUAAUCCAUACAAGGACACUGGAAUUUAUAUACUAGCUGGCCUUGAUGAUAUACAAAGUGUUUUGGAUGAUCAUAUUGUGAAAACAAUAGGCAUGCGAGGCUCAGCAUUUGUAAAGCCAUUUGAAUCUCAAGUACGAGCAUGGUACGAUAAGAUUACACGUGUUAACGCCACUAUAGAUGAAUGGGGUAAGGUUCAAAGUCAAUGGCUAUACUUAUUACCAAUAUUCUCUUCGAAAGAUAUUGUUGCUCAAAUGCAAGAAGAAGGAGUAAUGUUCGUAGAAGUAAAUAACAUUUACCGUCGCUAUAUGGGAUCUGUAGAUAAAGAUCCUCAUGUUUUAGAAAUAGCUGGUGGAGCUGGAGUCCUAGAGUCGUUUAAAGUUGCUUCAAAUUUGUUAGAAAAAAUCAAUGAUGGUAUUAACAACUACUUAGAGAAGAAACGUUUAUUCUUCCCCAGAUUUUUCUUCCUUUCCAAUGACGAAAUGUUGGAAAUUUUAUCUGAAACAAAAAAUCCACUUAAAGUGCAACCGCAUCUUAAAAAAUGCUUUGAAGGUAUAAAUAGAUUAGUUUUUGAUCUUGAAUAUAAUAUAUCUGCUAUGAUAUCAAUGGAAGGUGAACAAGUAGAGUUUUUAGAAACUAUCAGUGUAGCAGCUGCUAGAGGUUCAGUUGAAAAAUGGUUAAUACAAGUCGAAGAUCAAAUGUUAAAAGCGGUGAAAUCAGAAACUGAAUUGUCUUAUUAUGAUUAUGUAAACAUGAGUCGCGUAGAUUGGUUACUAUCUUGGGAAGGUAUGGUUGUUUUAGCUAUAUCACAAAUUUAUUGGGCGGUAGAUGUACAUGAAUGCUUACACACUCACAAAUUAAGUGAAUUACAGGAAUUUCAUAUUACGUUAACGAAACAACUAAAUGAAACUGUUUCUGUUAUACGAAGAACUGAUUUAUCUAAACUUAGUAGUAUUACAGUGAAGGCUUUAAUUGUAAUUGAUGUUCAUGCAAAAGAUGUAAUACAAGAUCUUAUUGAAAAAAAUGUUACUGAGGUAACAGAUUUUCAAUGGUUAGCACAAUUAAGAUAUUACUGGGAAGACGAAAGAGUUUAUGUUAAAAUAAUUAACGCAGUUGUUAACUAUGCAUAUGAAUACUUAGGUAAUUCAGACCGCUUAGUAAUAACGCCUUUGACUGAUCGUUGUUACAGAACCUUAAUAGGAGCAUAUUACCUCCAUUUAAAUGGAGCUCCGGAAGGUCCAGCUGGAACAGGUAAAACUGAAACUACAAAAGAUUUAGCUAAAGCUCUCGCUGUCCAGUGUGUAGUUUUUAAUUGUUCUGACGGCUUAGAUUAUAAGGCUAUGGGAAAGUUUUUUAAAGGGUUGGCUUCUUGUGGUGCUUGGGUGUGUUUUGAUGAAUUUAAUCGGAUUGAAGUAGAAGUUUUGUCAGUUAUUGCACAACAAAUUUUAUGUAUAGUCCAAGCUGUUAGACAGCAUUUAGAAACAUUUGAUUUUGAAGGAACGACUUUAAAUUUGAAUCCUGCAUGUUAUGUUUGUAUUACAAUGAAUCCAGGCUAUGCUGGAAGAUCUGAAUUGCCGGAUAAUCUAAAGGUAUUGUUUAGAACAGUUGCCAUGAUGGUUCCCGAUUAUGCAAUGAUAGGUGAAAUUUCAUUAUAUUCUUUUGGCUUUAUAGAUGCUCGAAGUUUAUCAGUAAAAAUUGUUACAACAUACCGCCUUUGUUCGGAACAAUUGUCCUCACAGAAUCAUUACGACUAUGGUAUGCGUGCCGUAAAAACAGUUUUAUCUGCUGCGGGUAAUCUAAAGAGAGCAUACCCUAAUGAAAGUGAAAGUAUUCUGUUGCUAAGAUCAAUUACUGACGUUAAUUUACCAAAAUUUUUGUCAUUCGAUGUACCUUUAUUUGAGGGUAUAAUAUCAGACUUAUUCCCAGGAAUAACUUUACCCAAACCUGAUUAUGAAAAUUUCUUAAGAGCUUGUGAUAUUGUUUGUGAAAAAAAUAAUCUACAACCGAUAGAAUGCUUUUUACUAAAAGUAAUUCAAACGUAUGAAAUGAUGAUUGUUCGACACGGUUUUAUGCUAGUAGGUGAUCCAUUUUCUGGCAAAUCUAUGACUUUGAAAAUAUUAUCAGAAGCGCUUAGUCUAAUGAGUGAACAAAAUUUACCAGGUGGUUGUGAGUGUACAUAUAAAGUUCUAAAUCCGAAAGCUGUUACUAUGGGUCAACUAUAUGGGGCGUUCGAUCCAAUAUCAUAUGAGUGGACAGAUGGCAUUGUAGCAACUAUGUUUAGAGAUUUUGCAUCAGAGGACAGUCCUGUGAGAAAAUGGAUUGUUUUUGAUGGACCUGUGGAUGCAGUGUGGAUAGAAAAUAUGAACACUGUUUUAGACGAUAAUAAAAAGUUAUGCCUAACUUCUGGAGAAGUUAUGGCAAUGUCAAAUGUAAUGUCAAUGAUAUUUGAAGUGAUGGAUCUUGCCCAAGCAUCUCCCGCCACAGUGUCAAGAUGCGGCAUGAUUUAUAUGGAGUCCGCAUCGUUUGGAUUUACACCUUUCUAUAAAUCGUGGCUUAGUACUCUUAACCCCGUGUGGCUAGAGGAAAAUGAAGAGUAUAUUUUUAAUAUGUGCUCGUGGUUAUUUGAUCCCUUAGUGUAUUUCGUUCGUAAAUAUUGUGUCCAACUAGUUACUGCUGGGGAGGUAAACUUAGUAAUGAGUACUUUACGACUUACAGAAAUGCUAAUGGAUAAUGCUAUUGAAGGAGAAGAAGAUACUAAGUAUACAAGAACUUGGUUUUUAGCUUCAUUUAUGACAGCGUUAGUUUGGGGAAUCGGAGGAAUAUUGAACACCGACUCUCGUGAAAGAUUUGAUGAGCUAUUAAAAGAUUAUUUUAAAGGAGAAAAUGGAACCCCACCAGAAAUAGAAAGAAUUGAUGUCUCAAUUCCAAGUGAAGGGUUUAUAAUAGAUCAUUUUUAUAUGUAUAAAGGUAAAGGAUGUUGGAAGCCUUGGCCAGAUGCUGUAAAAGCAAUUCAAGUAAAAGAACAAAUCAACUUAUUGCAGACAGUUAUUCCUACGUUAGAGACUGAAAAAUAUUUAUUUCUUCUUAGAUUGCACACAAAGUUUUCGAAACCCUUGUUACUGAUAGGUCCGACAGGAACUGGUAAAAGCUUUUAUGUUCAAAAUUUUUUGAUGAGCGUUGAUUUAGAAAAAUUCACUCCAGGUUUUAUAACCUUUACAACGACGACAUCGGCAAAUCAAACACAAGAUUUGAUUCUUUCAAAACUAGUAAAAAGAAGAAAAAACAAUUAUGGGCCUACAAAAGGUAAGCAAGCUAUCAUCUUUAUUGACGAUAUGAAUAUGCCCGCUAAAGAGGUGUAUGGCGCUCAACCUGCUAUUGAAUUAUUAAGAUUGUAUUUUGAUCAGAAACACUGGUAUGAUCUUAAAACUACAGAAAAGCUGUAUAUAUAUGACACUUUUUUUUACGGAGCUAUAGGUCCAGUAGGUGGAAGUAGACAAUUAAUAUAUCCAAGAAUGUUAAGACAUUACAAUAUAUAUUCCAUUAAUGAGUUUUCAAAAGAAAGCAUGACAAAAAUAUUUACUUCUUUAUUGCAAUUAGGAUGGCGCAGGAAUGGGUUCGGCCAGGAUACCCAACCUGUAAUAAUUAAUAUUAUAUCUGCAACAAUGAAUAUAUAUGAUCAAGCUACUGAAGGCUUAAGGCCCACACCAGCUAAAUCACAUUAUAUAUUUAAUUUACGAGAUUUUUCUAGAGUGAUCCAAGGAUGUGCAUUACUAAGAAAAGAAUCUGCUGAAAAUAAGAAAACAUUUACAAGAAUUUGGAUACAUGAGGUAAUGCGUGUUUUUUAUGAUAGACUAGUUGAUGAAUCCGACCGUAUGUGGUUUUUUGAUUUAUUACGUAAGGCAACGCAAGAUUUUAUGAGAGAUACCUUUGACUCAGCAUUAGACACUUAUCAAAACGAGAAAGGAGAGGUUACUCAAGAUACUCUUAAAAAGAUGAUGUUUGGAUGUUACCUUGAUACGGACAGUGUUGAAGGUGAAAGAAGAUACGAAGAAAUACCUUCCAAAGAAGUGUUUUUAAACGUAGCUAUAUCAAUGUUGGCAGAAUAUAAUACUAUGCAUAAGGCUAAAAUGAAUAUUGUAUUAUUUGAUUAUGCACUAGAACAUUUAUCAAAAAUAUGCAGAUUACUUUCAAUGCCAUCAGGAAAUGCUUUACUCGUAGGUGUAGGGGGUUCUGGUCGACAAUCACUUACUAGAUUAGCUAGUACAAUUCUUGGACAACAAGUUUAUCAACCAGAAAUAACGAAAUCUUAUAGUGUUAAAGAUUGGCGUGACGAUAUUAAACUGGUAUUACGGGAAUCUGGAGGUCUCAACAAGGACACAACAUUUUUAUUUACUGAAAAUCAAAUUAAAGAAGAAGUUUUUAUACAAAAUCUGGAUAGUUUAUUAAAUUCAGGUGAAGUACCUAAUUUGUAUGGAUUGGACGAAAUCCAAGAAAUUCUAGAGUUAGUUCGCUUAGCAGCACAAGGUGGAAACAGGAAUCUUGAUAUAAGUCCCUUACAAAUCCUAUCAUUUUUCAUAGGAAGAUGCAAGGCUAAACUACAUAUAGUUUUAUGUUUUAGUCCUAUUGGAAGUUCGUUCAGAACAAGGUUAAGACUGUAUCCAUCUCUUGUGAAUUGUUGUACAAUUGACUGGUAUGACAGUUGGCCUGAAGAUGCGUUGGAGAUGGUAGCUCAUCACUACAUGGGUAAAGUCAAUGUACCAGAUAAAGUAAAGACAGCUGCGGUUAUUGUAUGUAAGCAAUUUCACGUAGAUUCAAGAAUAAUAUCUGACGAUUUUUAUUAUCAAUAUGGAAGAAAGACUUAUAUUACAUCGGCCUCGUACUUAAAUUUAAUUAAAUCAUUUACCUUGCUAACCAAUAAAAAACAAAGAGAGCUAAGAGCAGCAAAGUUAAGAUAUACCAAUGGUCUAGAUAAGCUUGGCCAAGCCGCAGAUGCUGUUGCUAUUAUGCAGCACGACUUAAAUGCUUUAAAACCUCAGUUAAUCGUCAUGGCUGCAAAGUCAGCAAAAAUGAUGGAAGAAAUAGCAGUUGAAACAGCUACAGCUGAUAAAGCUGCUGCACAAGUAAGAGAAGAUCAGAAAGUUGCAAACGUUCAAGCAGCAGCAGCACAAGAACUUAAAAAGGACUGCGAGGCUGACUUAGCUUUAGCCUUGCCAAUUUUAGAAGAUGCGAUUGCAGCUUUGAAUACGCUAAAACCUGCUGAUAUUACUAUUGUUAAGUCUAUGAAAAAUCCUCCAGCAACUGUAAAAUUAGUUAUGGCUGCUGUUUGUGUUAUGAAAGGCAUUCCACCUGAUAAAAUACCCGAUCCUGACAAUCCAGGAAAAAAAAUAUUUGAUUAUUGGGGACCUAGUAAAAGAAUUCUAGGUGACAUGGGUUUCUUGGAUUCGCUUAGAAAUUUCGAUAAAGAUAAUAUACCGAUAGCAACAAUGCAAAAGAUAAGAAAAGAGUAUCUUUCUCAUAAGGAUUUUAAACCACAUAUUAUUGCAAAAGCGUCAACUGCAGCUGAAGGACUGUGUAAAUGGAUUAUCGCUAUGGAUAUGUACGAUGCAGUAGCUAAAGUGGUAGCUCCAAAAAAAGCUAAAUUAGAAGCUGCAGAAAAAGAAUUUUCUGAAACAAUGGCAAUCUUAGAAGAAAAAAAAGCUACAGUAGCUAGAUUAGAAGCAAAAUUAGCAGAGUUAAACGAAGCAUUGGAAGAAGCUAAUAUAAAAAAGAAAGCGCUAGAAGAUGAAGUCCAGCUAUGUGUUGAUAAAUUGUAUCGUGCUGAAAAGUUAAUCGGUGGUCUCGGUGGAGAAAGGGUUCGAUGGACAUUAGCUGCAGAAAAUUUACAACAGUUAUAUGAUAAUUUAGCAGGUGACAUUCUAGUUUCUUGUGGAAUAAUUGCAUACUUGGCACCAUAUACUUUACCAGUAAGAACGACUGUAAUAGCUAAAUGGCGAGCCUUAAUCAUAAAACUGGAAAUGCCACAUUCAGAUCAAUUUGUGUUUAAAGACAUUUUAGGAGUAGAUAUUAAAAUACAAAAUUGGUGCAUAGCAGGAUUACCUUGGGAUUCUUUUUCAAUUGAUAAUGCCGUUAUACAAGACAAUUCUCUAAAAUGGUCUUUACUGGUUGAUCCACAAGGGCAAGCUAAUAAAUGGAUUAAAACAAUGGAAAAAUCCAACGAUUUGCAGGUUAUGAAAUUCACUGAUAGUAAUUAUAUGAAAGUAAUUGAAACAUGCUUAGAAUACGGUAAACCUGCUUUGAUAGAUUGUAUAUUAGAAGAUGUAGAACCACCCUUAGAUCCGGUUUUAUUGAAACACACUUAUACUCAAGGAGGAAAAGAAUUUAUAGCCUUAGGUGAAAAUAUAAUUGAAUAUCAUCCAAACUUUAGAUUGUAUAUGACAACUAAGUUAAGGAAUCCACAUUAUUUGCCUGAAGUUUUUAAUAAAGUUACAUUAAUAAAUUUUGCAUUAACAAAAGAUGGACUAGAAGAUCAAUUACUUGGAAUAGUAGUUGCUAAAGAGCGACCAGAUUUACAAGAAAAACGUGAAAAAUUAAUUGUACAAGGAGCAGCGAAUAGAGCAGCACUAAAACAAGUAGAAGAUGAUAUAUUACGAACACUACAAGAGUCAAAAGGUGAUAUAUUAGAAGAUGAAACAGCGAUCGAGGUUUUAGAUUCCUCAAAACUACUAGCAAUUGAUAUAAGGAAGAAACAGGAAGCUUCAGUUGAGACUGAAAUAAUAAUUGAGAAAUUUAGACUAGGCUAUAGACCAAUAGCGUCACAUUCAGCCGUUCUUUAUUAUUGUGUUACUGAGUUACCAAAUGUAGACCCUAUGUAUCAGUAUUCUUUAACUUGGUUUAUAAAUUUAUACAUAAUUUCAAUUGAAAAUGCAAACAAGUCCAAGGAUUUAGAAAAAAGGUUAAAGUUCUUAAAAGAUACAUUUACUUACAAUUUGUAUAGUAACGUUUGUAGGUCAUUAUUUGAUAAAGAUAAAUUAAUGUUUUCUUUUAUAAUGUGCUCAAAAAUGAUGUUAUCCACAGAUGAUAUGGACCACAAUGAAUACAUAUUUCUCAUAACUGGGGGUAUAGCAGUGGAGAAUUUACUUAAAAAUCCAGUUGAUUGGUUGCCAGAUAAAGGUUGGGAUGAGAUUUGUAGGUUAAAUGAUUUAACCACAUUUAAAAAUUUUAGAAAUAGUUUUGUUGGCCUAAGAGAGAAAUGGAAAGAAGUCUAUGAUGAUCUAGAACCUCACCAUAAAAUUUUACCUGGAGAAUGGAAUGACAAAUUAUCAGAUUUUCAAAAACUCUUAGUUGUACGCGUUUUAAGACCAGACAAGUUAACAUUUGCAAUAUCUGAUUUUGUUGAAAAGCAAAUGGGAUUAAAAUAUAUAACACCUCCACCAUUUGAUAUAGGAAAAUCGUUUGGAGAUUCAAACUGUUUAGCACCACUGAUAUUUAUUCUUUCGCCGGGUUCUGAUCCUAUGGGAGCUUUAAUAAAAUACUGUGACAAAAUGGGUUAUGCUCAUAGAUUUAAUUCCAUAUCUUUAGGUCAAGGCCAGGGUCCAAUUGCUAAAGCAAUGAUAGAAAAAGCCCAGUUAGAAGGUGGUUGGGUAUGUUUACAGAAUUGUCACUUAGCAGUAUCUUGGCUGCCCAUUUUAGAAAAAACUGUUGAAGGUUUUGAUCUAACAAAUACUGAUUUAAGUUUUAGGUUAUGGCUGACUAGUUAUCCAUCUGAUAAAUUCCCACAGUCAGUUUUGCAAGUCAGUGUCAAAAUGACAAAUGAGCCUCCAACUGGUCUUCAACAUAAUUUAAAUAGAUCCUAUUUAUCAGAGCCACUAAAAGAACCUGAAUUUUUCGAAGGUUGUCCUGGAAAAGACAAACCUUUUAGUAAGCUUCUAUAUGGAAUCAGUUUUUUUCACGCGGUUGUACAAGAAAGAAAGAAAUUUGGACCUCUCGGUUGGAAUAUACAGUAUGGCUUCAAUGAUUCUGACUUCCAUAUAUCAGUUAUGCAAUUACAAAUGUUCUUAAAUCAAUAUGAAGAAAUACAAUAUGUUGCUAUUAAAUAUUUAACAGGAGAAUGUAAUUACGGCGGACGAGUAACAGACGAUUGGGAUAGAAGAUUGAUAGUUACAAUUUUGGACAAUUACGUAAAUGCUAGUGUUGUUAAUGAUCCUAAUUAUCUGUUUUGUGAUUUAGGAUUCCAAUAUGGACUACCACGUAGAUGUGAGUAUCAAGACUAUCUAAAACACAUUGAAACAGUUCCAGUGAAUCCUCCUCCUGAAGUAUUUGGUUUACAUAUGAACGCAGGAAUAACUCGAGACUAUUCGAUUUCAGUCGCUUUAACUUCAGCAUUAGUAUUGGUAGAGGGCACUAGUGGUGGAGGCGAGAGUGGUAAUACCGAACUUAUACUAAUGCAAAUGUCUUCUGAAAUUUUAUCAAAACUGCCACAAGUAUUUGAUAUAGAACUGUCACAGAAAAAAUAUCCAGUAGAUUACAACGAAUCUAUGAAUACAGUACUUAUUCAGGAAAUGCAACGGUUUAAUAAAUUAUUGAUUGAAAUUAGAAGCUCCUUAAUAGACCUACAAAAAGCUGUAAAAGGUGUAAUUGUCAUGUCUCCUGCGUUAGAUUUACAAGCCAAUGCUAUGUUGUUAGGUAGAAUACCUGACAAUUGGUGUAAGGUUUCCUAUCCGAGCUUAAAACCGCUACCAAGCUAUGUUACUGAUUUUAUUGAGCGAUUACUAAUGUUGGACAAUUGGUACCAAAAUGGGAAACCUCCUACAUUUUGGUUAUCAGGUUUCUUUUUUACUCAAGCAUUUCUCACUGGAUCAAUCCAAAACUAUGCUAGGGCAAAAAAAAUACCAAUCGAUCUAUUAGUAUUUGACUUUGAAGUGCUUCGUGUUGAUUACGACAACAAAUCUCCAGAAUAUGGAGUUAAUGUAUAUGGACUUUUCAUGGAUGGUGCUCGUUGGGAUCGUCAGACUUAUUCAAUAGGAGAACAGUUUCCAAAAGUCCUAAAUGAUAAUAUGCCCGCUGUAUGGCUAUAUCCAAAAUUAAAAAAAGAUUUUCAGGAAGGUACCAGAUAUAAAUGUCCGCUAUAUAAGACUUUGGAAAGAAAGGGAGUAUUAGCCACGACGGGCCAUUCGUCUAAUUUUGUCUUAGCAUUUUAUUUACCUUCUAAUAAUCCUACGGCUCACUGGAUAAAGCGUAGUGUUGCACUUAUUCUUCAAUUAGAUAAUUAA